AUGCAGAGUGAGUCUCAUUUAUCUUUUAUUCGUCUCUCUUUUAGCAUUUCUGAAUCUUUUGUUUGCAAAAACUGAAACAAAACAAAGAUUUAAAUGUGUUUAACCUGUUUUCUUUUAAUAUCAUGUACCACUAAAAACCUAAAACAGAGCACAAAUGUGUGUUAAGAAACUCUUGAUGUUUUAAAUAAACAUAGAAGACCGAUGACCAAAGAGUGACUUAAAGAAAUACUGAUUAAAUAAGAUCGCAUACCUCAAAAUAGGACAGUGUAACCUUUCAGAGGGAGUCACUGUUUUCUUUCACACCUGAGGUAGAAGGUCCUGAGUUUCUGCAUUCCUCACAUGGUCUUAAACUCAUUUCCUGGUUGUGUUGGGAGGCUUUGUCUUCUCUGGUUGUAAAAAAUCAAACCUGAAGAAGAAAAAUCUGUUUUAUCUGUUUGUAUUUUUUUCAUGUAGAUUUUGAUUUCUCCUGUGAAAAUGUUGCAAUUUCUUUCCUUUCUCUGUUUUCUCUCAUGUAUCUACAAACUGUACCCAUCCGUCUGUUUUUAUGACCUAAUUUAUAUGUGCACUCACUGCCCUUUGACCCCGACGGCGGCACAUGAGACGACUCGACCUCAGCCCACUUCUCACUGUUAAUGAUCUCUGUAUUAUAUCAUCCGUAGAAGAGUUAAAGUCGUAGACACCCUUAACGCACGCCCAGAGGAUCCUGUUUGUAGUGUGUAUUUGCAUCCCUGUGCACGAGGCGUGUUCGUAAAUACACACAAAUGAAGCUCGGGGUUAGUAAAGUAGGUCUGAUCAAACUGGUGUCAUCAGGCGUGUGAUUUUGAAGGUGUGCUGACGUAAAGUGGUUCAAUGGUUCAGCUUGAGGAUCUGGUUUCCGUCCAAAAUCAACACCUUAAGUCUAUUUGAGCUUCAGACUGUGAACGCAGCAGACUGUAUCCAUGUGAACAAGUUUGUUUUAGUCCAAUAUUCAGAUUAAGUUUGCAGGUUCAGCUGCUGCCGUGACAGGGGUGUUCAUAAGGGGGUCCUAGGGGGGCCUGAAUCCACAAUAAUACAUUUGAUUGGACCCAGUAUGUUUACAUGAUGUUAGAAAUAUUCAUCAGUCGAACUCAAACUGGACUUUUAAAGGAUUGUUAGGCUUUUUUUCAAGUCGGGUGACCAUAUUCUGACUUCCAAAAAAGAGGACACGACUACAAAGGGGCGGAGUCACACAGGAUGUUUACAUGACACUCAAGAAAACUGAAUUAUUGCCUCAUUCUGAUUAAAACUGGACAACUGAAGUGCAUGUAAACACCUUAGUCCGACUAUAAUCAGAGUUUGAAAACUCCGAUUAAGACACCCAGGUAAUGUGGUUUAUCGGACAGUGCAUGUGCGCCACGCCCCCUUAACUCUGGAACAAAAACACCACAGAAGAAGAGUGGCGUGCGCCUCAUUUGCAGAAAAAGUAGCAAAAACAACGCUGUAUGAUGCUCCAUCUUCUUGCUUGAAAGUCCUUAGCAGCGGUUGUAGCCGCUUCCGACGUCUUGCGCCGACCUGCUGUUGUUGUUGACGGUUGUAAGGGGUCGGAAAUGGCGUUGCCGAAAAGACCCAUAUCGCCCCCUAGUUUUGGGGAGGAGGACACGUUCACGUCAAUAAUUCAAUUUUCUCAGAUUGCAUGUAAACGCGGACAAGGAGAGAAGUCGGAUUCCGUGGAAAAAUACGAAUGAUGAGUUUAGUCCGAUUAAGCUGUGCAUGUAAACGCACUGACAGUGUCGCACAGAGUUAAUUUAGCGAGUUCUUUGGGUCGGAUUGAGUGUCUUUUUUUAAUGCGCUUCUAACUCAGUAAGUCCACGUGACACAAAAUUGAAACCUGCGUACAAAACUGUGGACAUUUGAAGGAAUUUAUAAACUUCCCCGGACAAAGCCGGACAGCUCGGACAGCCCCCCAAAAAGAGGACAUGUCCGGGUAAAAGAGGACGUAUGGUCACCCUCGUUCAAGUCCACUUCAGCCCAGAAGAAAUCUAGACAUGAGUUCAUGUAGAUUAGAGACCCUUGUUUAAAUGUCUCCGUUUCUCCCCAGGCAUCAGCUCUCCAGGAGGCCGCCUCCUCUCCGAGGAUCAGUUCAGCUGCUCCAUCUGUCUGGAGAUCUUCGUGGAGCCCGUCUCCACACCUUGCGGCCACAGCUUCUGCAAGGCCUGCCUGCAGGGCUACUGGAACCACAGCAAGAAGUUCCUGUGCCCCAUGUGCAAGAAGAGCUACUCCAAGAAGCCUGAGAUGAGCGUCAACAGGGUCCUGGCGGAAAUCUCCUCCCAGUUCCAGGGACUGAUGACCGCCGGGGGAGCCGAGGGAGCCGGGGGAGUCGGAGGAGCCGGGGCGGCCUCGAGGGGAUCCACGAUGAAUCUGAGCUUAAAUUCAAGCCAGGGAAGCUCCUCUGGGAUUGACACCGGGGAGUUCGCUCAGGCUGGAGAGGUCCCCUGUGACGCCUGCAUCGGGAGGAAGUUGAAGGCGCUCAAGUCUUGUGUGAACUGUCCGGGGUCGUUCUGCGAGGCUCACCUCAGACAUCAUAAGAAGGUCAGUGUCCUUCAGUUCAGUGACGGUUCGGUGAUGUAACCGAGACGACAUCCAUGAUUCAUACCAUCUAUGAGUAAACUCCUCUUGUAACUAUGUUAUUACAUCUGGAUUAUAUCACUAACAUAAGUGGGCGUGGCUUAGCUGAGUUCAUUCUGGCCGCCUCAUUACUAGUUUCAUGUCAGUCAGAGUCGACAUUUCCAACAUGGACGUCACUCAGUACGUUUACAUCGGACUCAAGAAAACCGAAUUAUCGCCUUAAUCCGAUUAAGACCGGAAAAUAGAAGUGCAUGUUAGCAUUAUCGGUGUUUGAGAACUCCGAUUACGACACCUAGAUAAUGCGAUUGGAAUUCGAUUUUCUCUACCGUGUAACCGGCAUGGUCGGAGUAUGAUCAGGCAAUGCAUGUGCGAGUGCGCCACACCCCCAUAACCCCGGAACAAAAAGACAAGAAGAGGAUUAGCGUGCGCCUCAAUUGCAGAAAAAUUAGUGCCUACAUCAUGUACGACAAAAACAACGCUGUACGAUGCGCCAUCUUCUUGCUCCAAAAUGCCCAGCAGCAGUUUCAACGUCUGGCACGGACCUGCUUGCAACCGAAAACAACGCAGCUUAAAAGACCUACAUCGCCCCCUACUUUUAGGGAGGAGGACACGUUCACGUCAAUAAUUAAAAUUUCUCAGCUUGCAUGUUUACCCGGACAAGACGAGCAGUCCGAUUUGGCGAAAAAACUGAAUUAUGACCUUAGUCCGAUUAAACUGUGUAUGUAAACGCACUGAGUGAGACUAUGUCCAUAUUUCAAACAAGCUGUUAACUAUUCAAACCAGUUUAAGGUUUAAAAUCUAAUAAAACUAAAUCUCUAACUGUCUUUCGCUCGAUUUUUCACAUGCACUCAGAUCUUGAUAUCAUAACUCUCGAUAGAAAACUGCUCUGUGGGGAAUUCAAAACGCUUUCCUAUCCUUUAAACGCUGAAUACCUUUGGGCGAGUCAGAAUUCCUGCUUACUUGUCACUCUUUAAAUCACUUUAUCUCCGCCGUCUCGUAUGCAUUUUCCCCCUUUUCAUCUUUAUUUUGAAAGAUAUGCUGAACGCGCAACAUUUUCUUGAACGUCCAUGCACUUUUAUAGCCUCAGAUCUUAGCAAGGUUAUAUUUAAACCCACGGCUCCCUCUUUUCCAGGCGAAGUCCCUGAUUUCUCACCGACUGAUUGAACCCACUUUCCACCUGGAGGACAAGAUCUGCAGAAAACACGAGCGUCUCUUGGAUGUCUACUGUCGUACCGAUCACACUUGCAUUUGCGCAGCCUGCGCCGAGGCCACGCACAAAUCCCACGAAAUCGUCCCAACUGACCACGAGUGGAAGAAGAAAAUGGUGAGACAUACGACAUACAUAGAGUAUCUUUUUUGUAUUUUACUAGUUUUUACUGUAUGUGAAUAUUUUCCAUUUAAAAAUUAAGCAAUGCUGAUUUGAGUAAAUAAAAAUACUCUUUAUUUUGGCAGACUAAUCUGGGGAAGAAGAGGUCAGAGGUCAAACACUUGAUCAAAGAGCGAGCCAAGAAACUGGAUGAAAUCAAACAAUCCAUCAAGGUGAUCAAGGUGAGUUCACGGAGGCUCACAGACGACGAUGACGGAAACUAAAAUCAGACUUUAUUUUAAAGGUUCAACAACAAAACUUUUCAACAAAAACAUAAAGAAUUGUUAGGAUACUAUAUGAUAAUAUAUGACACAGAUACGGUGACAGGAUGUGACACAAUAACACUCAAAUAAGAUUAAAAACACUAACAUACAGAUCAGGUGGUUUGAGUUUGGUCUAGACCGAAUCUUUUGGAAAGUGUCUUUGGGCGACGAUUGUUGUGAUUUGGUGAUAUGUGGAUAAAAAUCGAUUAAUUGGUUGUGUGUGUGUGUGUGUGUGUAUAUAUAUAUAUAUAUACAUAAUGCAGUAUAAUAUAAUAUAUAGCAUAAUAGUAUAGUAUAUAAUAUAGUAUAAUAUAUAUAAUAUAAUAUUCACAUUAGUGGAAGAGGGUCUGACAGGAUUUGAUGCGCUCCUUGAUGACUCAGAACAACUCGUAAAUAACGUUGUGUGUUGUUGUGCUCACACAGUGCGAGUAGAAUCAUUAGUGGCGCAUCGAUAAUAAUGAUCAUGUGAAAUUUCAAUAGCGGCGCACAUAAUUUAGCAUGUAAGGAAAACACUGCUGAUACAUAUGAGUUUGAGGUAGAAUCAUGUGCGAUAAAAACUAAUUUUUUUCAGGUGUGGCGGCUUUUAUUAAGCCGUGGUGGUGCGCCAUGAUCAAUUGCAUGUAGGGGAAACCCUGAUAUGUGUAUAAAAGUAUAGUACAGAACCAUAAAGUACAAUACACUAUAAUUCAGUAUGGUAUAGUACAGUAGGUAGCUGUUUGAUAUGAUGCAAUAAUAUGGUGGACAAUCACUAUAACACCAUAAUAUAGGCAUACAAGAAUAUGAGAUUAUACAGUACGAUAAAGUACAUUAAUGAUGCUAUAUAUGUUUAGUACUGUAAUACAAUGAAGGUCGGAUAUGGUAUUAGAUGAUAUAAUGUGACAUGAGGCAGGGAAGUGCAAACAGAUGUCCUGAUCCGAUAAUGAAAUCAGAUUUUGGUCCGAUAUUAGCGGGAAAAAAAAAAUCGGGUUAUAUCGGUCUGCAUCGAAAACGUCCGAUAUCAGCACUCCGAUAUUUGUCAGGCACAAUUUUGUGUCAAUAUCGGGAGGCAGUAGCUUAGGAGGUAGAACGGUCGUCUAACAACUGGACGGUUGGCGGUUCGAUUCCCCCCUAUCCCUGAUCUGUCUGUUGUGUCCUUGAGCAAGACACUUAACUGUCCUCGCUCCCAGUUUGUGUCCUCCACUGGUGUUUUUUUAUUUGUAUGUACAUUAAUUUGGAUAAAAGCGUCUGCUAAAUGACAUUGUAAUUGUAUCAGAUCAAUAUCUGUAUCCGCCAAUACUUGAGGCCACAAUAUCGGUAUCAGAAGUAAAAGAGCUGUAUCGAGACACCCCUAGAAAAAGAAGCGUAUACUAAGGAAGAAGAGUACUCAAUGUUGGAUAAAAUAUUUUUCAAUAUUUCCUGACAGUUUUCAGAUUCUCUGUCUUGUUGCACAAAAAGAUCAUAAUCGAUGAUUUUAAGUGUUUAAAGGUGAAAGUGGAUUUUAAACCUGAGAGUUUUCACGUCUGUGUGACUCAGGUCGUCUUGUGUUCAUCCUCUUGUGAUCCACAUGUUCAAUAUUUGCUCAGUUCCCUCUGGUGUAACGCCUUAAUCAGCUGAAGCUCUAACGUACGCUGACACGACUUCAGCUCUGACUGGCUUUGGAUCCGUGUUAAUAGACUUGCCGCUCUCGUACCUGAGCUCUGUUGUUCUCUGACGUCUGUAAACAGACAUGAAAGCACGUCUGAGGCUGUCGAACUUGUGCGACCAGUGUUAAAAUAUUUACCUUCGGCUCCCCACACCCCACAGCCUCAGAAGGAUGCGUUUAAAACAAGAGAUUAAAAUUAAACGGGUCGUGAUUGUUCUUUAAAAUAACUGAUAUGAUUGAGAUUUUCAUGUUUUUCCCAACAAAUCUAAAAAAACGGACAUAUUUUCACAAACAACCGGAUACUUUUUGUUCCUUUCGCUUCAUCUGGUUUCCUGCUUUGUGGCAUUUUUAUCCACGUUUCUAAAUACAAAACAGAUCCAGUUACAGGAGGAUUGAAUAUCAGGAUCUCUCUGUGUGUUUGUGUGUGUGUAUGUGUGUGUGUGUGUGUGUGUGUGUGUGUGUGUGUGUGUGUGUUUGUGUGUGUGUAUGUGUGUACUGUACAAACACAAGACUACAAAUAAAGACGAGGACUGACUGGAUUGCGGGUAAGAAUAAAACGCAAAAUCAAACUUCUUUAGAAAUGAAUCAGCGCCAAAAAUUAAGUUUUAUUCUCUUUUUUUUUUAACUGAAAUGAGAAAAUUCUUCAACUCUCAAACUCACUGAGAGUCACACGGUGGUUUCCUUCACCUGUCCGGGGGAAAACCGAACCUGUCGGUCUGGUUGGACCAGUCGCAGGCAGACAGACAUCUCGGAGACAAAAGAAAACAAAAGACUGUGAAGACUGAAAUAACCGUUUUUUUAUUGUGAGUGAAUCCACCAGACUCUUGAUCAUAUCAUUUCAGGUCUAAGCCUGUAAUUUAAAAGCAAUUUAUAGUGACAAAUAUGGAACAAAGUAGACGACUGAUCAUUUAAAUCAGGUUAAUGACGAUCACGCCUCAUGAAAAUCGAGCCACCUUCAAGUAAAAGUCAACUUCACGGCUCUGUUUUUUCAGGCCAGCGCCCAGAAGGAGCUGGAGGAGAGCUGGCAGGUGUACGCCGAGCUGCAGCGGCUGGUGGAGCAGAGUCAGGCGGAGCUCGUGGAGCUGAUCGCCACGAGGCAGCGGGAGGCCGAGCGCCACGCUCAGGAAUUAGCCCGAGGUUUGGAGAACGAGCUGAGCCAGCUGAGGAGGAGGAGCAACGAGCUGGACGCCUUCGCGCAGACCCAGGACAAAAUCAUCUUCCUGCAGGUAGAGCGGCGGCCAUAUUGGAAGUUUAAGUUUUAUACUAGAACACCAUCGUCGGGUAUUUUCACCCAACCAAACAUGUUUACGUGACUUUCAAGAUGUUGCGUUUGUCUGAGUAGUUGUCUGAGCCUUUGACAUCUUUGAAGACAUAUUUGUUUCCCUCCAAAACCUGCUUUUUCCUACAGACACGUGUUCAAUAGUGAUAUAGAGGGUAAAGUAGGUUUGGGUGGAUUUGAUAGCUGCAUGUAGAUGAAUAAGGUCAGUAAGAGUGGUCCUGGAAUUUGCAUGCUAUCUUUAUUCAGUGCAGUGGUUAUGAAUAAUUAUCACUAAGUAGGGAUUUUCAAGGGAAUUCAUGUGGUGAUGAGAAAUAUUUUAGUCAGCUGGUCAUUUUUACGAUUUAAAAAUUUUUUUUAAAGAUUUUUUGUUUUAAGAAUUCACCAGGGAAGACUCACAUGGAAAAGAAACUAAGUUUACAGUUUCUAUAUAAGAUUUUUAUUCUGGAAUUUUUUGUUCAUAAAUGCCUAAUUUCAGUUAUUUUGAUGCAUUUUUAUAUGGCCCCCUCAUAGGGUUGGGUAUCGUUUGAUUUUGAACGAUUCCAGUUCCGAUUCCUCGUUUUGAUUCCGAUUCCUAACGAUUCUCUAUUCCGAUUCUUUUAAAAGGCAGGAUAUUUAAAAAAAUGCACGGUUUAAUUGAGGGUGCUAACUGGAGUUUUUCUUUUUGGAUGAAGUUUCUGAACUUCUCCAUGAAUUUUUAAAUUAUAUUACUUUUUUAAGAACUUUACCAUGAAUUUCUCUCAGGGCUAUUUUCAACCAGGAUAUAAAUAUCAAUUUUUGUUGUCAGAUCGUUUGCGUUUAAAAAAGUACAAGGGCUAACGUUAGUUGGAUAUUUAAGUCGACCGUACACAGUUCAAUUUGUUUGUUGCUUCAAUGUCAGCAGAAGUCUGAACCGGCAAAGUUCGCCAAAGACAGGCACUCAGGUAUUUCUCCUCCAUGAAUCCUGAGGUGUUUAAUCAUGUUGGUCGUUCAUCCUCCUUUGGAUGAUAUAACUGUGUUGCUAAUGUUGCACUGAGAUAAGAGUUCAUUCCUCCUGCUAAAGUUAGCCUAACUUUUGGCCGCAGCUGCUGUCGGUUGCAAUGCACUCUCUCUCUCUCUCUGUGGCUUCGUCUCUUAUGCUUCGUCCUCAUUGGUGUUUGGCGGCGUCUUCUUUGUUGGUGUUCGGUGGCUAUUCCUUCCGGUCGGCGGACUCCGGCAUCGAAACUUGGAAUCGAAAUUUUAAAAUUUGAACGGUUCCAGAAGAAUCAGAAUUUAGUCCCGGUCCCCAUCAAUGCCCCAGACUCAAUGCCCAACCGUAUCCCCUCAUGGCACUUUUUUCCUCCCUUUGGACACCGCACAGUUAGAAAUAAAAGAAAACUACUUUAAUUUGUCAUGUGUUGUACUUUUUUGAUAAAUUUUGAUGACAAGUACUUUUUCUUGGGUAUAUUAUUUCAGGUAAAAAUCCCCUGGCGAUAGUGAUGGUGUUACUAAUUUUAGCGAUAGUGUUCUAGGGUUAAAAAAGGGAAAUUCAGACGACACUUUUUAAUCGAAGAACUUGACGACUGACAGCAGAACUUGAUUUUUAUCCUCAGGAAUUAUAAGUCUUGUGUCGUUUUUGAUUAUUGUCCUUUAUGUCCCAUCACAUUUUUGUUUCCAUUGCAUUUUUUUACCUCGACUAAUGCCUUAUGUCUAAUUAAAAGCAUCCACCGACUGUGCGAUUCAAAAAUGCACGCUGGCAUUUGAAGUGCGGCGUAAUUAGUCAUUUUUGCAGCAUGUAGCCAACAAACACGAGACACACUUGAUAUGCAUUUAGGACACAGUGAGAGAGCUAAUUAGUUAACAGGAAUCAAAGUGUUAGCUGCUGUGCUACGCAGCAAUAUCCACCUUAAAUCUCAGUUUUUAACAGUUUGACCCACCAGGCUUGGUCCGUAUUCAUAUUUUGAGAGUAUAUGUCUUUUUCUAGCAUAAAAUAAUAUCCAAAGAGUCGGUUUUCCUGCAGAUUUUCAUGGUUGCUGCAGCUGUGGUUGCUCUGAGAUUUGCGACCCGACAUCAAAAGCGUGUGUGAACAGAGCCAGCUGUUACGGAAGUUCCUCCCUGGUGUAUUCUUCCCGGACCGUCUAUGUAGAUAAAAUGUUGAUGUUCUCAUGAAAGAGGCUUUUGAAGUUCAGAGUUUUUCCACUUAGUGUGAAGUGAAGGCACAUGUAUGCAAAUAAUCCAAGAGCAUUCAUUCAAAUGCACUCACUCUUCUAACUGGAUUUUUCUUUUAGCGUUUAGCUUCGAUUUAAAAAGAUAAUUUGCAAAAAGCAGCAGGAACCAGCAGAGUAAGAGUCGUUCUGUCUCCUCUGAGGACUUUGUCUCCUCUGAGGAGUCAUUAUAAUUUAAUUUCAUUUUACCUUGCAUAACCUACCUCCUUUAAUUUCCUGCAGAACAUAGCGACGCUGUCGCCCCCGCCCGAGCCUGCUGAUUGGUCUGCGGUGACCAUCAACACUGACCUCUACUUGGGAACGAUCCGCACCUCCGUCAGCAGCCUCAUCGAAAAGUUCCAGGAGGAGCUGAAGAGGCUGUAUGGGAAAGGUGAGAACGGUUCAACAAUGAAUAAUGGAAGUUAAAAAGAAAAAACAGACUUUAGUCUGCAGGCUGGAUCAAAAUAAAAAAGUACAAACCAAAGAAAAUAUCCCUGCAUAGAGAUUUUAGCUCAUCGUGAAUAAAAAUUUAAAAGGAAAAAAAAAAAUUAUAAUAUAUUUACAAAUAUACAUAUUUUAAUAUUAGCAGUGUUCAUGUUAGGGUUAUUACACAGGCUAUUGUGUAAUUUCAUACUUCUGUUGGUCUCACUGUAUAGUCAUCUAUAUUAGAAUAGACAUUGUCAGACAGUAGGGAACACUUUCAACCUGGAGUUUUGUGCUGCUGCUGAAAUGUAAUGUUUAUAAUAUAUAAUUUAUUAACUAUUUACUACUAUUUAUAAAGUUUUUGACUUUUUAAAAAAAGAUUUGAUUUAUAAAUAUGACGGUAAAUACAGCUAAAUAAAUCGUUUAGUAUCGUAAUGUAUUGUUUUUAUCAUAUAUCGUAUUGCAUUGUAUCGUUUUGUAUCAUAUCAUAUCGCAUCGUAUCAUUUCACAUUGUAUCGUAUUAUUUUGUAUUGUAUCAUUUUUAUAUUGUAUUGUUUGGUAUCGUAUCAUAUCGCAUCAUGUUGUUUCAUAUUGUAGCGUAACGUAUCAUAUCAUAUAUCGUAACGUGUCAUAUUGUUUCAUAUUGUAUAGUUUUGUAUCGUAUCAUAUCGCAUCGUAUCAUUUCAUAUUGUAUUGUAUUAUUUAGUAUCGUAUUGUAUUGUUUUUAUAUUGUAUCGUAUCAUAUCGCACCGUGUUGUUUCAUAUUGUAUCGUAUUAUUUUGUAUUGUAGAGUAACGUAUCGUAAUGUGUCGUAUUGUUUCAUAUCGUAUAGUUUUGUAUCGUAUCACAUUGUGCCGUAUCAUUCCAUAUGGUAUUGUAUCGUUUUUUUAUUGUAUUGCAUCGUAUCGUGGUGUAGUGUAGAAAAGCGUUUUGUAUCGUUUUAUUUUAUAUGUUAUAGUAUGUUACGUGAGCGUAUAAUAUGGUAUAUCAUAUUGUAUCAUAUUAUACCGUAUUGUAUCAUAUCCUACUUUAUGUCGGCUCUCAUCGCAUUGAUUCAUAUCUCAUCGUUUGCUGUUGUAAUGUAUGAUAUUGUAUCUAUUGAUAUCAAAUGCAUGAUAAUAAUAGAUACAAUAUCAUUUUAUAUGAUAUUGUAUUAACAAUUCUAUCCUAAUGGAACAUAUUGCAUUGUAUUGUGUCCUUUAGUAUUGCAUCAUAUCGCAUCACAUAAUGUAAUUUAUCAUAUCUGAUAAUGUUGCAUCGUAUAAAACAAUUAUCAUACUGUACAUUAUCAUGAUGAGAUAGUAUCAGAGAUAAUUCCAUCUCAUUGUGGUCCUAUUGUAUUUUUAAUUUUGUAUCAUAAUGUAUCAACACAUUGCAUCUUACAGUUCUUUGUAUUGUAUCAGAUCAAAUCAUACAGUAAUAAUCAAUAUCAAAGACAUACUUUAUCAUACUUUAUCAUAUUGUAUCUUAUAGUACUGUUUUGUAUCAUAUAGUAUUCCAUCCUGUUGCUGUGUUUCUUAUUUUAUUGGAUUGUAACAUGUCCACCUUGAAGUCCUUUUAUUGCAUCGUACUAUAUCCUAUAAUACUGCUCAGUUAUUAUAUCUUGUGAUUUCUCAUAUCUGAAGUAUAAAGCAGCAAAAAAGGGAAUAAUUGUAGACAGGGUUCAAAGCGAAAGACCGCUCUUAUAAAAGAUCUGUGUCAAGUUACAGUAAAACUCUUCCUCCCUUGUUUGAUAGCAACCACACUAUCCGUGCAAAACAAGGAUAUGUAGGCCACUGUACGAGCACUUUGAAAUAGAAAAGUGACUCAUCAUUGCACCAAGCAGCCCCCCUCUCACGCAUUCACACAUACAAGAUGGUGGGACAGAUGGAGAUGGUGUUGAUGCCGCAGUUCUUGCUUUUGGAAUCAACAGAGAGGCAACAGUGGAGAGCUGAGUGACAGCAGCACAUGUCUGGAGCAUUUACAGCUCCAGUUUAGAUCUCCUUGUUUACCACCCACACGUGCCAUCUGCUUUGACUUUGACUGUUGAGCUGAAUGACUCGCUGACAUGUUCGCUCACUUUCUCUCUUUCUUUCUAUCUGCUUGUUGAUUUCACAGAGCUCCGGAAGGUACAGAACUAUUCAAGUGAGUACAAACAUCGAUUUUUGUUUUUUUGUUUGCGGGGGGGAUUUUUUGACUCUUGUUUCAAGAGAUCUCAGAAGGUUUCUGACAAUCCUAGAGGUGCAAACAAAGCUGAAUAAGAUCAGUUCUCCGUCUCAUCCACAAGGCGGCACAACUUCUCCAACAGCACAGAUGUAGUUCAAGGGAAUGCUGCCAGUUUUAGAGGGUAAAGUUCACUAUCGUUGUGAACCAGCAAUGUGGUGUACAUUUGGUACACCGCAUUUGGUAAAGGUACUUUUGGUUAGCACUAUUUUCUUGUAAGAAUAAAGUCCUAAAGAGGAUGAGGUCCAGACAUGUUCUUGAUGAGUCUGUCCCGUCCCGUCCAGGCGAGGUCUUCCUGGAUCCUGUCACGGCUCAGAGGAACCUUGUUGUGUCCGAAGAUGGUCGCCAGGUGAGGUAUGAAGAACGGAAGACCUCCCACUCAGAGGGCCCGAAGCGCUUCAGCCCGGCCCUCUUCGUCCUUGGCAGGGAAAGUCUCGGGUCUGGGCGGCACUACUGGGAGGUGGACGUGGGGCGCAAGACGGCCUGGACGCUCGGCGUAACCAGCACCUCCGCUCGCCGCAAGGGUGAGAUCAAGCUGAACCCUGAGGGGGGGUACUGGUGCCUGUGGCUGAAGAACGGGGAGGUGAAGGCAUUGGAUGCAUCCCGCCUGCCUCUUCAGCUGUCGUCCCAGCCGGGUAAAGUAGGAAUCUUCCUGGAUUACGAAGGUGGGCAUGUUUCUUUCUAUGACGUGAAGUCGCGGCUGCAUCUCUACACCUUCAGCCACACCUUCACCGAGAGUCUGUACCCCAUCUUCAGCCCCUGUCUUAUCCACGACGGAAAGAACACUUCCCCUCUUGCUAUAACUCCAGUGAAACACACCUGA